AUGUCGUCUACAUCUGGAAUAUCCCCAACUGUGACAUCAGCAGCCAUUACCAUUUCUGUGUCAUUAUUAUCAUCACCAUCAACACCAGUGCUGCUGCUACCGCCGCCCCCACCACCAGCACCAUUAUUAUCAUUGAGCAGUCUGCAUAAGACUGUGAUAUUUGUGACAGCUACAUCUGGAUUACCUUUAACUGUGACAUCAGCUGCCAUAACCACCUCUAUGUUGCCAUCACUAUCAUCAUCAUCAUUACCACCAUUGGUACCAUCACCACUGCUAUCAUCAUCAUUCUUCUUUGAAAGGAUUAGUAGGGGCACUACUACUAUUCAGUUGUCCCCAACAAAAAGUGUCGACUUUGAAGUAUUACUGCUUGCUAGUUUGCAGACACCUGGUUUUGUUACAAAACCAACACUUUCAUCAAGUCAAAAAUCACUCUACCCUAUCGCCACUGAGCCUACUCCAACUAGAGUUGAUGCAGCAACAAUGACAACAGGUCAACUGAUGACUGAAACUCCAAUGUUUGCUGAAGACAUGACCACUGAUACUUAUGACAGUGGAAGUUCAGAUGAUAAAUAUGCCGGCUGCUUUGCAAACGAUACAUCAAAUGACAUAUAUCUGUCUGGUUACGUGAAACCUAGGAGGUCGACAGCAGUUAGUGUGUCAACUUGCCAACAGGCUUGUGUCCUUGAUGGUCAUUCGUAUGCUGCAUACAGUAAUGAAUCUCGUUGCUUUUGUGGGAAUAAUCUACCAUCCACAAAAGUUGAAGAUUAUUUUUGUAAUGUGGUGUGUGGUGUUGAUUGUGGCAGGUACAAAUUCAGUAGUGUCUAUACGACGGCUGAUGUGUUAGCUGUUGCUUUAUCUGUCACUGAGAUUGUGACUCAAUACGAAACAGUGACGUUUAGAAUCAGUUCUCUAGUGAAUGGGAAAAUCAAUGAUACUUCCUUCCAUUGGGAUUUUGGAGAUUUCAGGAGUGUGACAGUGACUACUACAGACAUGGUGUUUCAUCAAUACAUGAUGCCAGGCAGUUACACUGUCCGAUUAACUGCAAUCGAUGUGAUUAAAUUAGUGGCUGUUGAUGAAGCUGCAGUCCGAGUGGUAGCUGAGCCUAAGUUGUUAUUGGCUUUUGAUAAGGUCAUUAAUUUGCAGAACUUUUCUGCAGUAGGGGACGCUUGGCUUCUUCAAGGAACUGACGUGUCAGUUAAUUGGAUUGUUGGAGAUCAUUCAGCACAAAUACUGCAAAUAGAUGUUCCUGUGACAUCCAUGGGCUACAUUGUAGAUCAGACUUCAGAUGCUGGAGCUGUGACUCACUUUGCAUCAUCUGUUAAUGAUCUUGGAGAUGGACUCUAUUCUCCAUCUGAUGUUUUUGUCUUACCUCAUUCGAUGGAGGUAAACAAUGCUGGUAUCCUGGAAUCUGUGGAAUUUGAUGUCAGCAAUGAAUUAUUGAAUUUGUUGUUGUUUCAAAAUGAUGGCAAUAUACAGAUAAGAUUUCAAGUGUAUCGACCAGUCUGUGUUGAGUCAAGUACAAUGUUGUUAUCUUGUGAUUUUGGAGGGUUACCAUCGUGCUUUCCUAUUACUAAUGCAAGUUGUCCUGAACGCUUGGAAACUACUUCAUAUCGUUAUCUUUCAUAUGUUCCUCGGUAUACACUGAUUGGUGUGGUAGGCAUGAAUGUUACUGCAACAAGAAGUGGGACCCAUCAUCUGGUGAAGUUGGGAUCAAAUGAGGAGAUUGCAGUGAAGAGCGCAGAUGUAUUGGGAUUUCAGUUCGGAGCAGUGGGAGAUAUCUUGCCUUUCCAAAUUAAGACUGCUGCUUUAGGUGCAGACAGUGGGACGACUAUAGUGCAACUGUCAUUUGAAGAUAAAGGCAAUCGGUGGAUUGAGGUUGGCGAACAAGCACCAGAUUCAAAAUUUGUGUAUAUUGAUGUAGCAGCAUUGUCAGUUAGAGUGUACAUCCGUUUUCCUGUCGUCUUGGUUACUUCUACAGAGUUUGAGAAACGUUUGAAGACAGGAGAUCAUGGAGUUAAUCAAACAGUUGCUUUUGUUGCUAUCAAUGGGUUAUAUAGCGUGGAGCAGUCUGAUGCAGUGGCCAUUUAUGAUCCUGUUAUGAACUUGUCUACUGCGUGUGCGGAAUCGAUAUCUAACAAUGCAGUGGCAGUGGCCUCAAAUGAACUUUUUCAUCUUGUUUUUACACUUGAACAAGGGACAUCAGCUUCUUUUCUGUAUAGAUUGGGUAAUGUUUCACAUGGGAAAUUGACAUUCACAGAAAGAAGCAAGGACUAUGUGUACUGUUAUGACUCAAGACAAGUGUUUCUAAAUAGCAGUGAGUUUCCUUUAUCUGUUACGGUUCUCUUUCAGUUGGCAUCGGUUGGAACGUACGAACUGCAUGGGUAUGCAAUCAACCCAGUGAGUGUCAGUGAUGAAGUCCGUCUCAAAAUUAUUGUACAAGAUAAAAUUGUAUUGCCCAUUGUUAUAGCUUCUGGUAUGAAAUUCUUAUCAUCGGGCCACGACCACGUAUUAUUUGUGGCCAAAGGUAAAGAGCAAUUUUUUGAAGUGACAGCUACUGCAGGCACUGCGCUGUGGUACACCUGGCAUAUGGAUACAUAUGAAGUGUUGACAAGUUCAAGUCAGAUAAAUCACACGUUUACUGUGGCUGAAGCGGUCUUGAUGGGUGUUCUCAUUAAAAAUGAUGUGAGCUCUGAAUUAAUCACGGUGAUGGUAGUUGUUCAAGAGCCAGUUUUUGGAAUCAAAAUAGUUCCAAAUGGAGGUUUUGUUUGUGUCAAUGAAUCAGUAGCUAUUUUGGUUUUGUUAAAUUUUGGUUCCGAUGUGUUCUAUCGAUGGACAUUUGAGCAUUCUGGAACUCAAGACAUAUAUCUAUUUAAUCCAGUGGAAGAUGGCAGACAAGCGGGUGAUUUGUAUAACUACACUUUUAGACAUGAAGGCAGCUAUGCAUUAAUAGUAGAUGCAUUCAACAAUGUUUCUUCAGUCUCAAUGCUUGCACACUUCACUGCUUUCCAGAAGGUUUCGCUGGUCAUUAAUAUUGUCUCUGUGGUGAAAUUAGGAACGUUUAUUGACUUUGAUGUUGUCAUUGAAGGAGCACCAGCAAAUUUGACAGUCAUCAGUGGCAACCAAUCAGAAACAUUUGUGAAUGCCAUAUCUGGAACCUUCACGACCAGUAUUGCUUUGUACUCGGUGGGUAAUCAGACAGUUGUGCUAGAGGCCAUUAAUCCAGUGUCAUCAACAACUGAGGUUGUGUUUCUGCAAGUAGAAGAGACUGCUAUUACCACCUCUAUGCUGUCAUCACUAUCAUCAUCUUUGUCACCACUGCUACUACCACUAGCAUCACCACCACCAUCGUUAUCAGGCAGCCGACUGGAAAGUCUGAUAUUUGUGUCCUCUACAUCUCCAACUGUAACAUCAGCAUCUAUUACCACCUCUAUGUUGUCAUCAUCAUUAGCAUCAUCAACACCACUGCUGUUACUACCGCCUCCUCCACCACCACCAUUAGUAUUAUUAUCAUUAAGGAGUCUGCAUGAAACUCUGAUAUUUGUGUCAUCUACAUCUGGAUUAUCCCCAACUGUAACAUCAGCAGCCAUUACCACCUCUAUGUCAUCACUAUCAUCAUCAUCAUUACCAUCACUACCACCAUCGUCAGGCAGCCAACUGAAAACUCUUAUAUUUGUGUCGUCUACAUCUGGAUUAUCCCCAACUGUAACAUCAGCAUCUACCAACUCUAUGUUGUCACCACAACCAGUAUCAUUAACACCACUCUUGCUGCUACCUCCUCCACCACCACCAUUAGUAUUAUUAUCAUUAAGCAGUCUGCAUGAAACUCUGGUAUUUGUGUCAUCUACAUCUGGAUUAUCUCCAUCUGUGUCAUCAACUGUUAUUACCACCUCUAUGUUGUCAUCAGUAUCAUCAUCAGUACCACCACUGUUACUAUCAUUACCAUUGGCAUCACCAACAUCAUCAUCAGGCAGCCGACUGGAAACUGUGAUAUUUAUGUCGUCUACAUCUGGAAUAUCCCCAACUGUGACAUUAGCAGCCAUUACCAUUUCUAUGUCAUUGCCAUCGUCAUCAUCAACACCACUGCUGCUAGUACCGCCACCACCACCACCAGCACCAUUAUUAUCAUUAAGCAGUCUGCAUAAGACUGUGAUAUUUGUGUCAACUACAUCUGGAUUACCUCCAACUGUGACAUCAGCUGCUAUUACCACGUCUAUGUUGUCAUCACUAUCAUCACCAUCAUCAUUACUAUCAUUGGUACUACCACCAUCACCACUACUAUCAUCAUCAUUAUCCUUUGAAAGGAUUAGUACGAGCACUACUACUAUUCAGUUGUCCCCAACAAGAAGUGUCGAUUUUGGAGUAUCACUGCUUGCUAGUUUGCAGACACCUGGUUUUGUUACAAAACCAACACUUUCAUCAAGUCAAAAAUCACUCUACCCUAUCGCCACUGAGCCUACUCCAACUAGAGUUGAUGCAACAACAAUGACAACAGGUCAACUGAUGACUGAAACUCCAACGUUUGCUGAAGACAUGACCACUGAUACUUAUGACAGUGGAAGUUCAGAUGAUAAAUAUGCCGGCUGCUUUGCAAACGAUACAUCAAAUGACAUAUAUCUGUCUGGUUACGUGAAACCUAGGAGGUCGACAGCAGUUAGUGUGUCAACUUGCCAACAGGCUUGUGUCCUUGAUGGUCAUUCGUAUGCUGCAUACAGUAAUGAAUCUCGUUGCUUUUGUGGGAAUAAUCUACCAUCCACAAAAGUUGAAGAUUAUUUUUGUAAUGUGGUGUGUGGUGUUGAUUGUGGCAGGUACAAAUUCAGUAGUGUCUAUACGACGGCUGAUGUGUUAGCUGUUGCUUUAUCUGUCACUGAGAUUGUGACUCAAUACGAAACAGUGACGUUUAGAAUCAGUUCUCUAGUGAAUGGGAAAAUCAAUGAUACUUCCUUCCAUUGGGAUUUUGGAGAUUUCAGGAGUGUGACAGUGACUACUACAGACAUGGUGUUUCAUCAAUACAUGAUGCCAGGCAGUUACACUGUCCGAUUAACUGCAAUCGAUGUGAUUAAAUUAGUGGCUGUUGAUGAAGCUGCAGUCCGAGUGGUAGCUGAGCCUAAGUUGUUAUUGGCUUUUGAUAAGGUCAUUAAUUUGCAGAACUUUUCUGCAGUAGGGGACGCUUGGCUUCUUCAAGGAACUGACGUGUCAGUUAAUUGGAUUGUUGGAGAUCAUUCAGCACAAAUACUGCAAAUAGAUGUUCCUGUGACAUCCAUGGGCUACAUUGUAGAUCAGACUUCAGAUGCUGGAGCUGUGACUCACUUUGCAUCAUCUGUUAAUGAUCUUGGAGAUGGACUCUAUUCUCCAUCUGAUGUUUUUGUCUUACCUCAUUCGAUGGAGGUAAACAAUGCUGGUAUCCUGGAAUCUGUGGAAUUUGAUGUCAGCAAUGAAUUAUUGAAUUUGUUGUUGUUUCAAAAUGAUGGCAAUAUACAGAUAAGAUUUCAAGUGUAUCGACCAGUCUGUGUUGAGUCAAGUACAAUGUUGUUAUCUUGUGAUUUUGGAGGGUUACCAUCGUGCUUUCCUAUUACUAAUGCAAGUUGUCCUGAACGCUUGGAAACUACUUCAUAUCGUUAUCUUUCAUAUGUUCCUCGGUAUACACUGAUUGGUGUGGUAGGCAUGAAUGUUACUGCAACAAGAAGUGGGACCCAUCAUCUGGUGAAGUUGGGAUCAAAUGAGGAGAUUGCAGUGAAGAGCGCAGAUGUAUUGGGAUUUCAGUUCGGAGCAGUGGGAGAUAUCUUGCCUUUCCAAAUUAAGACUGCUGCUUUAGGUGCAGACAGUGGGACGACUAUAGUGCAACUGUCAUUUGAAGAUAAAGGCAAUCGGUGGAUUGAGGUUGGCGAACAAGCACCAGAUUCAAAAUUUGUGUAUAUUGAUGUAGCAGCAUUGUCAGUUAGAGUGUACAUCCGUUUUCCUGUCGUCUUGGUUACUUCUACAGAGUUUGAGAAACGUUUGAAGACAGGAGAUCAUGGAGUUAAUCAAACAGUUGCUUUUGUUGCUAUCAAUGGGUUAUAUAGCGUGGAGCAGUCUGAUGCAGUGGCCAUUUAUGAUCCUGUUAUGAACUUGUCUACUGCGUGUGCGGAAUCGAUAUCUAACAAUGCAGUGGCAGUGGCCUCAAAUGAACUUUUUCAUCUUGUUUUUACACUUGAACAAGGGACAUCAGCUUCUUUUCUGUAUAGAUUGGGUAAUGUUUCACAUGGGAAAUUGACAUUCACAGAAAGAAGCAAGGACUAUGUGAACUGUUAUGACUCAAGACAAGUGUUUCUAAAUAGCAGUGAGUUUCCUUUAUCUGUUACGGUUCCCUUUCAGUUGGCAUCGGUUGGAACGUACGAACUGCAUGGGUAUGCAAUCAACCCUGUGAGUGUCAGUGAUGAAGUCCGUCUCAAAAUUAUUGUACAAGAUAAAAUUGUAAUGCCCAUUGUUAUAGCUUCUGGUAUGAAAUUCUUAUCAUCGGGCCACGACCACGUAUUAUUUGUGGCCAAAGGUAAAGAGCAAUUUUUUGAAGUGACAGCUACUGCAGGCACUGCGCUGUGGUACACCUGGCAUAUGGAUACAUAUGAAGUGUUGACAAGUUCAAGUCAGAUAAAUCACACGUUUACUGUGGCUGAAGCGGUCUUGAUGGGUGUUCUCAUUAAAAAUGAUGUGAGCUCUGAAUUAAUCACGGUGAUGGUAGUUGUUCAAGAGCCAGUUUUUGGAAUCAAAAUAGUUCCAAAUGGAGGUUUUGUUUGUGUCAAUGAAUCAGUAGCUAUUUUGGUUUUGUUAAAUUUUGGUUCCGAUGUGUUCUAUCGAUGGACAUUUGAGCAUUCUGGAACUCAAGACAUAUAUCUAUUUAAUCCAGUGGAAGAUGGCAGACAAGCGGGUGAUUUGUAUAACUACACUUUUAGACAUGAAGGCAGCUAUGCAUUAAUAGUAGAUGCAUUCAACAAUGUUUCUUCAGUCUCAAUGCUUGCACACUUCACUGCUUUCCAGAAGGUUUCGCUGGUCAUUAAUAUUGUCUCUGUGGUGAAAUUAGGAACGUUUAUUGACUUUGAUGUUGUCAUUGAAGGAGCACCAGCAAAUUUGACAGUCAUCAGUGGCAACCAAUCAGAAACAUUUGUGAAUGCCAUAUCUGGAACCUUCACGACCAGUAUUGCUUUGUACUCGGUGGGUAAUCAGACAGUUGUGCUAGAGGCCAUUAAUCCAGUGUCAUCAACAACUGAGGUUGUGUUCCUGCAAGUAGAAGAGACUGUUAACAUCACCGGUUUUAUAUUUAACCAGGUGCAGUCAGUGGAGGAGAAUUUAGUAGUUUCUGCUAUUGUUGCUGCUGGAAGUAAUCUGUUGUUUCGGUGGGAUAUAAAUGGCACUAUCAUUAAAUUAAUUGACCCAGUUUUGACGUUUGAUCACUUUGGGACAGGAGUCUACUUCGUCACUAUGACAGCUUCCAAUGCUUUAGAUCAGCAGACUUUUGAAGUUGGAACUGUGCUUGUUGUGGCAGCAGACAGUUGUGUAUUUAUUCCGUGUGCAAAUGGUGGGAGUUGUGAGCUAAUAGGGUAUGAAUAUCACUGCAUUUGCCCAUUUGGAUGGGAUGAAGAAAGAUGUCUGACAGUUUCAGCAACCCCGGGUGUUUUGUCAGUCAGUUUUAUUUGUCCGGCAAUCACUGGUCAAUACUGGGUCACAGAAUGUCAGGUGGACUCCGUCCUCAAUGCGCAGUCUCAUUUAGAUGUGCCUUUGUAUUACUGGGAUUUCGGAGACUCGAGUACAGGAUUUCUGUAUGGCACUACAACUGUUGGCCAUGUUUUCUCUGUACCGGGAAAUUAUACUGUUCGGCUGACUUUGUGGGCAAACUCACAAAUUGCACACUAUGAAAGCACUGUUGUGGUUAUUGGCUUUCCUAAACUGAAUUUAGAAGUGCCUAUGGUAAUCAGCUCGGAAGACAAUGUCUCAGCUUUGACAACGAGUUUGUUGUAUCGAGGUUCUGACAUUGAGGUUGUGUGGUCAGUGGAUGGAUCUAAUGUCUCAAAUUAUUAUGUUCCAGGUGUCGUCCUUUCCACCGUGGGGAUGGAGGAUUACAAUGACAUAAGCUGGGUGGCAAACUCGACUGCGGUUGUGUCAGAUGAAGGUAGUGUGCUUAACUCAUCGGAAGUAUAUCUGGCAGUACAACAUGGGGAGGUAAAGCAUUCAGGCGUACUUGAAGCUAUAGAGUUUACUGUGUCGAGCAAGGUCAUUCAGGCAGCAUCUGUAGGAUCGGUUCAACAACAGUGGAUGAUGAGAUUUCAGGUGUAUCGUCCUCAGUGUCGCUUACCUGGGACCGUUCUGUUUUCCUGUCCUGAUCAAAGGGGACUACGUUCUUGUUAUCCGAUGAAUAAAGCUAUCUGUCCAUCAAGAAAUAUUACGGAACCAACAUAUCGGUAUCUUUCAGACGUUCCUAGUUAUGUCUUAGUUGGAGAAGCUGUUGUAAAUUUGAUGUCCUUGGGCAACACAAGUCAUAAUAUGUUAAUCUUGAACAAUAGCGAAGCUAUUUUAGUAGAACCUGGAGAUGUCUUGGGUUACCAAGUAGACAUGAUUCCUGGAUCUUUCGUCGACAUGCUCAAAAGCAAUCACAAGAGAAACGUGACAAUGGUGCGUGUUUUGUUGGCAAGUGAAGGCUUAGUAAGGUAUCCCAACGUUGGUGAUGAAAUCACGUUGACGGAAUUUGAGUAUGAAUUGAAACAUCUUGUAUAUGUUCGAGUGUUUGUGACUUCGUCAGUGCCAUUGCGUCUCCCUGAUGAGGUGCAGGAUUUGUUGGCAACUAGACAUGGUGUGCAAAGAGUUAUUAGCAUAACUGCAAGUAAUCGAUUGGGUAUUGCACAAGCAACGUCUGUUGUUGCUGUAUAUGAUCCAAUACAGAACUUAUCUUAUGUUUGCCCUUUCCAGCUGUUGAAUGGUUUGGUUGCGUUGCCAACUAUUAGUAAAGCUGUAACUGUGGUGUUCAGGCUGGAUGCAGGUACCACAACUACUUUGCAUUACUCUUCUCAGAACGUAUCAGGAAGUGCCAGUUUUGUUGACGGUGUGUCUACAAACUUGUGCUCUGGUUUGGUUUAUCGUGAAUUUGGACUUUUUGCUUUCAUCACUUUCAAUGCGUCAGAAGCUAGGACUAUCAAUAUGACGGUGUACGCUACUAAUUUGCUGGGAUCAUCUACUCCCCUAGGAGUAAUAAUAGUCAUGCAGGAUGCUGUAUCGUCAGUUAGCCUACUAGUUGAUGACAUGCUGGUUACUUCUGGUUUGGUGACGACUGUCAGCACUGCGCAAAAUGUGACAUUGUCUGCUGCAACUGAGGGUGGUACUGCAGUUGAAUAUUGCUGGAGAAUCAUAGGAAACAGUACAGUUGUUGAAAGAAAUGGAAUUGUGUUUAUUCAUAGUUUUGAGGAACCUGGUGACUAUCAGGUUGAAUUGGUGGUCAAGAAUUUUGUGAGCAGUGUUUUAACAACUGGGUCAAUCCAGGCACAGAAUGAGAUCAGAGGUUUACGCAUACUUCCUAUUAGACUAUAUGUAAGCGUCAAUGAGACAGUGGUGUUUGAAAGAUACGUUACUUCAGGCUCACACCUCCGUUUCAAUUGGUCUUUCACACAUGAAUUGACUGGACACAAAGAUAGUUACUUUCAUAUUCACAAGGGAAGUCAGCACUACCGGUUUGUGAAGGAGGGAUUAUAUCAUAUUCAACUGAUAACUAAUAAUGAUAUUUCUGGACCGGCAAUCUCUUUUCGAUCUGUUGUUGUUAUUCCGAAGAUUGAGCAUCUAGAAGUGAAGGCUCUCUCAUCAGCUACAGUAAACACAGGUGUACAAGUGAAUGUGUCAUUUACUGGUGCUAUGGUAAAUGUUACCGUAAUGGCUGGAAAUGAGACUCGCUUCUUUAGCAACUUGAAUUCGAGAAAAAUUCAGGCGCUGUUCACGUUUGUGGAGAUCGGUGUCUAUGUAGUGAACGUUACUGCAUUGAACCCGGUGACAUCACCUCAGACAACAUUUCAAGUCAUUGUAGUUGACAGGAAACCGGAUGUAGCAUUGAUUGUGCCAGAGAGAGUGUUGUCUGCUACUGGCAAGCAAGUAGUGGUUACAGCAAGUGUCAGUGCUGAUGUGUUUGCUACAUUUGAGUGGUUGUUGGAGCUACUAUUCAAAGCAACAAUUCUCAUUCAUUUUUGCUGCUGGAAUCCGAAAGACCCGUGA